ACCUCCAGAUCGAAAGGCCAACGCUCUAACCACUAGACCACUGAGGCCGGUAUCUCCUAACGUCUCCUAUGCCCUAGUGCCUCAAAACUCUUAAGGUUAUUACUAGAAUAACAGCUAUCUCGCUCUUAUUGUAAUGCUUUGUUUCAGUUCUCACAACAAAGUGUUGGAACAGCUAUAUUGCUGAUCAAUGUCCUGCCAGCCGUCCUGUGUAUUUACUUCAACAACAUGUUUAUUGCUUUGUUGUUUGCGCCUCUGGUAAUCAGGUUAAUGGAACUCCUGGAUCGGAACCCGUUCCCAGUGUUGAUCAACCUGAUGAUGAUCUGCAACAUCUGUGGCAAGGCUUACGUCGGCACCUUCAUUGUCAAGGACAUCCUCAAUCACAUUGAGGCUAAAAACGCUAAAAUAGAUUUAAAGAAGAUAAUGGAUGUCUGCCUGAACCCAUGUUUGAUCAUAGCGUUAAUCACGGGAGGCGUUUGGUACCUUGUAUACACUUUCAUAAAACCACACGAAUACAGAAAACGGCUGGAUGUGGCAGAACCACCUCACGGCCGAACACUGACUCUUAUGAUACAGGUUCUUACCUAA